GCUCGCUCACUCCACCGUGGAAACUCUUGGAGGAGAGAUAGGACAGUGAUCUCUCUUUCUUUCCCCCUUUUUCUCUCUCUUUCCUGCUCUUACUCUCUUCUCGCCUCCUUGCUUUACUCAUGUGGUGGUGAUUAAAGAGAGUUUAUUAAUUGGAACAGCGCUUCUCCCUCCCUCCCUCCCUCAGUGAUUGACGCAGGAAGUUUAUGAGAAGCUUUUCAUGAGACACUGAGAGAGGGAGAGAGAGAGAGAGAAAGUAAGAACAGGACUCCAAACAUGGUCACCAAGCAGCUUCUCCUACUGACUGAUCGCCCCGGGGUGGAGUUCGGCGGGGCAGCGGGGGACGGUGGGCGUGGCUGGCUGCAUCGGGCGUGGCGGCGAGGCGUGGGCGUGUGCCUCUUCAUGGUGGUCGCGUCUUUCUCCUUCUUCCUCGUCUCGUCGCCGCACCGUGCCCGCUUCACCGACCUGACAGCCCACCGCUCGUCGCCUGAGUACAUUUUCGACUUUCUGAUGUUGCCUUCUAACACCUCGAAGUCAGUGCCAACAUCACCGCCAUCAUCACCACCAAAAUCACCUCAAUCACCAUCAUCAACCAACCAGAAAAAUCCUCGAGAGUCCUUCAACGUUCCCAAGGGCUUCCUGGUGCACUCCCCGAGCUGCAGCAUCCCUGACCUGGACCCACAUCACCCCAGCAUCCAGAGGUUCAUCAGUCACCCCAAGCCUGUAUUAUGCAGGGGGCCCCCAGCCUUCACCUCAGCGCGGGGCGCCACCCUUUACCUCAACCAGGACAUCCUCCGCCGCCACCUCAAUGUUAUCCAACAAAUCUACUGGGACGAACUCACCACCACCAUUCCCAGGCCUCUGUCUCUCACCUCCACUCAUCGACCUCAAGCUUCCUCCACCACCACCGCCACCACUCCCAGGCCUCUAUCAUCCACCAAAACUCAUCAACCUCAAGCUUCCUCCACCACCACCACUCCCAAGCCUCAAUCAUCCACCACCAUUCAUCCACCUCAAGCUUCCUCCACCACCACCACUAACACCAUCACUACCACUGCAUCUGUCAACGUAACAUCACAUACUUCAUCAUCUAAAGCAUCACCAACAUCAUCAUCAUCGCCAUCGUCAUCCACCACGGAGGGAGGGAGGGUGAAGGUGGGCGUGGAUGCGGUGAGGUGCUGCUACAAGGGCAUGCACCGGGUGGAGCAGACGAGGGAAAAGGCUGGUGGCGCUGCAGACGGACGCUGGAGGUACAACGAAGCGUGCCAGCCGUUCAACGCCAGCGGGACGGAGGUGCAGGAGGAGGCGGCGCUCGUCGUGUGUAGCAUAGGAGAGAUCGUCGUCUAUAAAAACGUCCAUUACUUUUUCCGCAAGAGAGAGAAUGCACCGGUUCCAUCUGUCCAAGAGGGCGCUGAAAACCCACCUCUGGGAACGCCUGGUGCCUCGACGGAAGGACGCGCCUCGGGUAUUGAAGGCGGCAAAAAGACUCCCGCUGGGAAUAGCCAGACCAAGAACGUGCCAGGUAGUACUCCGGGCCCGCCCCAGCCCUCGGCCGCCCCCUCGUCCAGCGAGAGGCAGGGAAGGGUGGAGGGAGCCGAAAAGCUAAGCGUCAUCUUCAUCGGCACGGACUCCGCCUCGCGCCUCAACAUGCUGCGCUUCCUGCCCAAGACCUACGAGUACCUGACGCAGGAGCUUGGUGCGCUGGACCUACAGGGCUACAACAAGGUGGGCGACAACACCUUCCCCAACCUGUUGGCCUACCUGGGGGGGUACUUCUCGGAGGAGGUGGACAAGACCUGCAUCACUAAAAGCCGCCACUACGACGAUUGCCACUGGGUCUGGAAGGACUUCAAGAGGAACGGCUACGUCACGGCGUACAUGGAGGACGCCCCUUGGAUGGGCGCAUUCCACUACCUCCGCCGGGGCUUCAUCUCACAACCCACUGACUUCUACAGCCGUCCCUUCUUCCUCGCCUCGGAGAAGGAGAUCGGGCAGAGCCACAAGUGUCAGGGGGCGGAGCUCAGCCUUAAGGUGGUUCAGGACUAUUCCCUCGAGUUUACGCGGACCUUCCUCGACACGCCUUCCUUCGGCUUCUUCUGGUCGGCGAGCCUCACCCACGACUACCUCAACACUCUCCGCCACGCCGACGAGCCCCACCUGCGGUACCUGAAGGAGCUGAAGGAGAUGGGCGCCCUCAACCACACCGCCGUCUUCUUCGUCAGCGACCACGGCAUGCGUUGGGGCAACCUCAGAGCCACGUACAUAGGCAUGCUGGAAGAGCGGCUGCCAUACGUUGUCAUCUACCUCCCGCCUUGGUUCAGGAAGAAGUACCACCAAGCGUAUGCCAACGUGGUGACCAACACGCACCGCCUCACAGCAAACUUCGACGUCCACGAGACCUUGCUUGACCUCGCUUAUGGCCGCUUCGCUGACCUCGACCACGUGACCUCCACGCCCUCAGAAGCCAGACGGGGUAUCAGCCUCUUCAGGAGCGUGCCGUGGAACAGGACCUGCGCGAAUGCCGGCAUCUCGCAACACUACUGCGCAUGUCAGAACACAGUUGAGGUGGCCAAGGACGACCAGAGACUGUACCCCGCCGCAGAAUUCCUCAGAGACUUCCUCAACGAGAAGCUGCGGCCUUACCCCCAGUGCGAGCAGUUCUCCAAGGUGGAGGUGGAUUCUGCGCGGGUGUCCCGCACCGGCAAGGAGUUGAAGCCGAAAGAGUUGAAGAGUGAGGUGCGGACCUACCUCCUGCAGGCGACCCUCAGCCCAGGGCGCGUGGUGGUGGAGGCCUCCGUCAGACACAGCCAGCAGGACAACGCCUUUUCGAUACUGGGCUCGGUGUCACGCAUAAGCAAGUACGGAAACACCAGUGGCUGCGUCCGACAUGACCUGCUGAGGAAGUACUGUUACUGCCGCGACCAAAAAAAGGCCCAACGGCUCUUCACUGAGAAUGUCAACAAACAGUACGGGGCGGAGGUCGGGGACGGAGAGCAGAGAAGGCGGAAGAGAAAUGCUGCGUGAAGGCUGAAGGGUGGGCGGGAGGUGGGAGGGAGGGCAUGUAGGUGGUGGCAGGAGAGAGGGUGUGAUAGAAGCAAAACUAGUCAUUGUAGUUGGUGAGAGGGGGAAGGAGACGGAGAGGAAGACCAAAGCAGAGGUCGAUGGGCUGCAUGAAAGGGACUUGGGAGAAAGACAGCUUCCAGAGGACGAUGUGCGUGGCGAGGAGUUGUGACCUCGUUGUCGCGGUGUGUUGUGUGUAUGUGGUCUCAGCUCUAUCCCAAGAUCGGUACUAUAAGCACUGUGCUUCUCCGUAGGGGAACGGCUGGCGGUCGCGAGAGAGACCCGCAGCAGACCAAGAGGUGAAUUACCUACAUGGCGCCCAAACGGCCGCGCCAAAAUGGCUGAGCCCAAUUGUCCCAUUCCGUUCAUUUCGUUACUCAACCUUUACCUCCCUCUCUUACAUAUUUAAGCGUCAUUCCAUCCGUCUUCAUUUCCUUUUGCUCUUGUUUGUGUACUUUAUCGUUCUCAGACCACAGCGGCUUCAGGUGUUCUGACACAUCAAACUUUCCCUCUCGCUCACGGAUGGUAAUUCUGACACAUCUCCUCCACCCGUAGAGACAGAAUCAUAAUCACCUUCCUAACCUUUCCUAUGAGUAAAUUAACUUUCUCUCCAUCUUUUCCCUCUCCUUCCUCUCUACUGAUUACUGUUACACUUCUCAGUCCUUCGGAAAUAACAAAACAUUCUUUGCCACGCUACUUUUUGCUUCUCAGUGGUAUUUACUGUUCAUGAGCGGCCAUCGACUGGCUAUAUGGACUCAGGUACUCGUGGCCAAUGUAUGAAAAAGAAGAGCUGCAAGAAUAGUUAGAGGCAAUUUUUCUCAAGAUAAAUAAUAUUUUGUACUAAAGAUUAUAUUUGCUCGUAAAAGUUUAAUGCGUCAGGAUGGAAUUAUCCAUUUGUCCUGCCUUGAAAACCUUAGUUAGUGAUGCCUUCCCCUGGUGAGAAGACAAAAACUGCCCCGCGUUCUCUUCUAACGUCUGACUAAUUGCUGUAUUACAUAACACCACACAACUCCUUAUCAAACUUUCUAUUUUUGUUAUAAAUUGAAGAAUCUGGCACUUAUCUACAUUAUAAGAGACCUCCCAUUCAUUUGACCAAGCUGAAAUUCUACACAAAUAUUGUUGAAAUCUGUACCUCUCUUGGUCUGAAGUAACAGUUAUCAAUCUUUGCGUCUAUGGGUGGAUCAGUAUCCGCCAUUUGCAACCCAACAGCUGGGAAGUAUCCGCUUGGAGGGUCCACCGUGUACAACACUUCAAAGUAGCUUCUCAGUCCAACGAGCCCUCUGCCCAUGUAUGUCUGACACGAGGCAAUCAUCUGCUAUUCGGAUAACGCUCGCCUGGGAGGGAGGCUCGAAGCGGAGCUGUUUCAGUGCUCAAUAGGCAGGUCAGUGGAAAUUUGCAUUGAAAUGGCGCUCGACGUCCACAGCAAGACUUUUGACAUACCUCUCCUUGUCUCUCUUCAGGAGAACUCUAGUCCUACGCUGUAGAACCUUUUAUUGGUCCUCAUUCCUCGGAAACCUGGCAGCGCGAACCUUUUUCGAUAUUCCCCAGGGUCACCCCCGAGGCAAAACCACUCUUUGAUCUCGGGUACUUUGCAGUGCACUUCUUGCAGCCUGAAGAGUUUAACGUUUAAGUAAUCAACAGCUGUCCAGAGUCAUCAAGAGUGCUGAGCUCGCUGAGCAGAUUUGAAACUCUCACUGAAUACUCUUAAGCACAUGUCUAAGUCUUUCAGUCUCUCGAGAUGCAAUAUACUACGGAUACUUCUCAAGAUUCCACUUGAUUUGACAUGAAGCUUGUGAGUUGCAAUUGAUGAUUAGUUGCAAAUGGAGUGACCCGCCCGAUGAGGAAAGCUCCUAAAAGCCCACUCAGCUGAGGGGAGGUGGCUCUAGCCGGAUGUUAGAUGAGUGCUCACAAGAAUGUGAUCAGUCUCCAUAGCUACCUUCUAGCAUUGCUAUACUAAGUCCAGCGGUGCAGCUCUGGUCUCUGGUACCAAGGACAUGCAGUGCUUAGUCUACUGGAUCAUGCGACAUUCAGGAGAGAGCUAUUGGCAUUCCUGGUGCCAAAACCAUGAGGAUCAACACAUAAUUCAUAGCCAACAUUAUCACUGCCAGUAGUAGCAUUAAAGCAGCCCGCGACAUUGAGUGUGUCUCGAGGGGGGCACUGGUCUAAUACCAAGUCGAGUCUGGCGUAGAACAUUAUCCCUUCAGUUUCACACGUCUCUGUAGGAUCGUACUCGGCAACACGAGACUUGUGCUUGAGCCUCACGCGUAUUAUACGUUCAUCAGCCUGAGUAACCUCAAUUACGAAUGGCUGCAGUUGGCUGGAGAUGCCUAUAGGUAUACCCCCCCUAAGACGGACACCAUUGCCCAUGCUGGACUAGUAGGUAUACCCCGCACUGUUCAUCUCGCCACUGCCAGGCCUGCUCGUCUCCGAGAGUGCCGCCAUACCCACCUUCAGCCUUCUCAGCUCAUCCGCUGGAUAAGACAGUCGGUGAUCCUUAAGGCUUUGAAAAUAUGCCCAUGAUUGUGAUAUUGCUUUGUUCUGAGCUUUCAUUGGUUUGUAACAUUAUGCAAUAUUGCGUUUGAUUAUGAUUGUGUCAUUGUUGCUGUCUCGUGGCGUGUCUUCCAUUGCUGUAAUGAAAUAUGUUGGUAAUGAUCUGAAGGCUUCCUUGCCUGUGCCUGGACCGCUGACAGGUGACACGUGACUUUUGAAGUGUGAUGUUCUACACUGAUUCUGUUUCCCAUAAAACCGUCUCGUGUUUCUGCCAUAGUAGCGGUGAAAAAUUGUCUAUUAAGACUUGUUAGCCUUCCACAAGAUACCCCCAGUCUUUUCUCGUAUACUAAAGUCUCUGUAUUCUCCGCCACUGUCCUCACUCCCCAGCCCAGGUGACAGUAGACAGUUUAUAUAUUUAUAUAUAGUUAGUUCAGUAGGGUUGAACUUCUUCCCUGAGGAUUCUAAUUAACGACGCUGAAGAGGAGGGAAAGCGGCAUCAGAAGCCAAACACCUUUGUCUGAAGCAUAAAGCAGAUCCAAAAUAUACCCUAGUCAUUGUUUAAAGAGAGGACGGGCUCCCUUUACCCUGUGUGUGUGUUCCUCCGCCGAACUCCCCCUUCAAUGCCUUGGCCCUUUCGCAGCUCGCUCUCGUUUCCUGUGAGACCACACAAAUACAGCCCGGAAAAAUAUCUCCUCCCCUGCAACACUACAAUGAACGAAAUUUCUACGCGUCACGCAGGACUAACAACAGUAAAAUCUACGGUGAUGUAUCUGUUGGAAGUUACUCAACGGUACUGUGCUUGGCGAUGAUGUACGAUUAUUACCGCAAGACUGGCAUUGGCGGCGCUUACUCAUGGUCUGCUUGAACCAAUGUAUUUACAAGUGAUCGGGAAAGGCUACGAUCAAUGAUAUUAUAAAAGGAAAAUGUUCAGUAGUCACAAAGACAUGGGAAAAAAAAAACGAUCAAGAUAAUUAAUCAUUUCGGGGAGGGCUUUGUUACGUGUCGAGUGAGACGUUUGGUUUUCUACCGAGUGUGUAUUUAUUGGACCACGGAGACUUUGGUAUUGACAGUACUAGUAAGUUAUUUCGAUAUGGCAAGACGCAGGAAAGAGAAAGCAAUACAGCAGCGACGUGGCGAAGGUUUGUAUUUACGAGUCACUUAUGAAGCGGUGACGGAUUAAAGCUGUACAGUAUAAGUCCUUAUCCCUUUUCAUUCCUCAGUUGUCUGUAUAUACAUUGUGAGUAUUAACCAUUCCUUAACUUUAACCUAUUCCAAACAUGCCUUAACGAACGUGGUAAUAGGUCAAAGAGAAGAAAGGAUAAAGAAUCGGAACGUCUCGAACAAAGACGAGAAUCUCCUCCAUUUUUAUGACGCCCUUGAGUGACGCACUGUGCCAUGUGUUUAUCGCGGUGCACAGGCGGACGUGAGAGGCUACUGUCACGGCCUUGGAAGCGAUACAUUUGUGUUGUGGAGCCUUGGCGGCGUUGUGCAGCGCGUGUGAGACGUGGCGCGCGCCGGAGGAACAGUCGAAAUGUGCGGCGAGGUGUGUCGGGUGAGGGAGGAGAGGGAAGGGGAGGAAGGAGGCGUUGGCUUAGAAGUAGGCGGAGGGGAGAGGAAAGUGUGUUCAAGAGGCCGACAGUGUAAGAUAUGAUGGUAAUUUAUGUGUGUGUGUGUGUGUGUGUGUGUGUGUGUGUGUGUGUAGGAGAAAUAGUUAACUUUUAUGGAGGAGGAGGAAUACGUGUGUCGUGGACGCUGGCCGGCUGUGUUGUGUAUUAGCACCAUUUUGUACUUACGUGUUCCGGCAAUAAAAGUGAACCCCAAGUGAAUCGCUUCAGUAUCUUUCUCAGCAUCUCCAGCCACGGCAAGGUAAGGGCCGAGGAAUGUUUGUUCUCUCAGAAAAAGGUAAGAAACAGUGUCACUCGGUACUACUGAAGUUUCGGACCAGUAUCCCAGAGACGACUUCUACCUUCUCAGCCUCUAGAUCUAUUUUACUCUAAGCAAGAGGUACAGCAAAUAAAUAAUAACGAUAAUGAUUUUUUAAGUUAUAACAAUUUUACUUACGAUGGUCUCGCGUCCCUAUAUGUGAAACUCAUUCCAAAUUAUGCGACAGGUCAGCUUAGGUUGGGGAGGCGGUGGCUGAGUCGUCUAAGUAACGGCCCCGUGUUCAGGAGGACGCGAGUUCAAUCCCCGCCCGGUGCCACCAAGCUGGGAUUUUUCAGCCGCCGCCGAGUGGCUUAAAACUACCCACAUGCUGUCCAGAAGACCACCUAUCAACCCGGACUCUAGAUUCUAGGAUCAGAGAUGAGCUCUGGGAUGGCAGCAUGAGCCAAUGCAAGAUGGCGCCACUAUAAACACUCGCCUGCGCCAGAACGGGCUGGACCGACCAUCAGGACCCACCGGAAAGAAGCCUUGGACCGACCAACAGGAUCCACCUGGAAGAAGCCUACCGGCGCAAUAGGCCGCAAUGUAAAAAAAAAAAAAGAAA